AUUGAAUAUGGAAUUAGAAUUCUCCACCUUACAAAAUUCCCUUUCCCUCAUCCAUCAUUCUUCCAACGUAUCCCUCAAAACCAAACAAAGAAUCUCAACCACAAUUAAUAACAACAACAACAUAUUUUUCACACACCAAAUUGUUCCUCGAACAAAAACAACUUUUUGUUUUUGAAAUGGAGUCUAUUGCCUCCAAUUCUAAUAAUUCAACACCAAAUAAUAAUAACCAUCGUCGACACUCUCGUUUCAAACACAGCCAACCAAUUUCCGACCGAAUAGUGCGAGCACUCCGUCACCGUCUCCGUCUCCUCCACCGUACCGGCUCCACCUUCUUUAUAUUAGGCGCAACCGGAAACGUGUACACAGUAAUCUUAUCCUCCACACCCUCAUGCACGUGCCCCGACCGAACAACACCAUGCAAACACAUCCUAUUCGUUAUAAUUCGAGUCUUAGGUGUAUCUUCUACGGACGCAUGCGUGCGUAGAAGAAACCUAAGACCAUGCCAGCUUCAACGGCUUCUAAACAUGCCAACUUUGAAUGAAGCAGUUGCAGGAUAUUCUGUUCGACAGAGGUUUCACCAAGUGUUCUUUGAAGGAGGGGGAUCAAAGAGGGAGAGAAUAGAGAUGGAGGAAGGUGCCACGUGUCCUGUAUGUCUUGAAGAGAUGGGGAAGGAAGAGAGGUUGGUUGCGUGUGAAAGUUGUAGGAAUGGAAUUCAUGAAGAGUGUUUGGUGAGGUGGAAGAGAAGCAGAGGAAGAAGAUCGGUUAGUUGUGUGAUUUGUAGAGCAAGGUGGAGGAAUAGAGGGGAACAGGAUAAGUAUGUUAACUUAUCUGCUUAUGUUAGUGAGGAGGAAGAUUUGCAAGAUGGGGGUGUUUGCACUGUCUAGUAGCAUAUAUGUAAAUUAUAUCAUGUUGUUAAUAUUCGAGUUUAAGCGAUUGAUUAAUGUUUCAUGUGCAAUUAGAUUAAAUUUAGGUGCACUUCGUUGUUGGAUUCUUAAUAAAUAAAUAUAUGUUAAUCCCA